UAACGUUUAUCCAUGGAACCUGAAGCAAGUUAGAUACCUGAUAGACAUCCAUAUUGUGCUCUCGCACCAAACCCAGAACACUUUGAAAGUGAAAAAUGGGAAUAGUAGAAGAAGCACACAACGUGAAAAUUUUAGGCUCAGGAGAGAGAGUUAUAGUCCUAGGUCAUGGCUUUGGCACUGAUCAAUCUGUCUGGAAAUACUUGGUGCCAUAUCUUGUUGAAGAAUAUCGUGUUAUAUUAUAUGAUAAUAUGGGUGCUGGUACUACUAAUCCAGAUUAUUAUGACUUUGAAAGAUACUCAACUCUUGAAGGUUUUGUUUAUGAUUUGCUUGCCAUUUUAGAAGAACUACAGAUCAAGUCUUGUAUAUUCAUUGGUCACUCCUUUUCGGCUAUGGUUGGAGCCAUUGCCUCUGUAUCUCGCCCUGAUCUUUUCUUGAAGAUCAUCAUGAUUUCUGCUACUCCUAGGCUAUUGAAUGCUGAGGACUACUAUGGAGGAUUUAAUCAAGAAGACGUAGACCAAAUAUUUGAAGGGGUGAAGUCUAAUUACAAAGCGUGGUGCUCAGGAUUCGCACCGCUGGUGGUAAGUGGAGACUUAGAAUCAUUAGCUGUGCAAGAAUUCACUCGAACCCUAUUCAACAUGAGACCAGACAUAGCCUUGAGUUUAGCUCAGGUCAUAUUCCUAACUGAUAUGAGAGAUGUUCUUCCUUCGGUCACUGUCCCUUGCCAUAUACUACAAAGCAUGAAGGACAUGGCCGUGCCAAUGAUGGUAUCCGAAUAUCUACAUCAAAACCUCGGCAGCCGAUCUAUCAUUGAGGUCAUGCCGACAAGUGGUCACUUACCGCAGUUGAGCUCGCCGGACAUUGUAAUUCCUGUGAUUCUUAAGCACCUUACCGAUGAUGUUAAUUAGGAGUGUACGUCCAAUUUCUGAUUAAUGCUCCUGAGUACUUUAUUUUGUUUUAAAUUCAUCAUGUAUAACAUAAAUUUUCAUAAGAUUAUAGAUAGAGAAGUUCUUAAGUAUGUUUAAUAAAAACAUGUCAAUUAAUUAAUAAUGCCUCA